UAAUAUACUAAUACGUGAAAACCCUUGAGAGCUCUUGUGCGUCGGAUGGUGUCACCCACGGCGGCUCAGCCGCCUACACCAACUCCCAACGUUUGGUCAAGGAAAUCAUUUGCCGACGUGGUGGCCAGUAAACCUGGUGGACUACUAUCGGCUAAAACCCCUUCUCGUCACAAAGGAGUGCCUGCCAUCAGCUUCCCGGAUAGUGAUGUUGCAAUCCUGGCUGAAAGGCAUAAAAAUACGCUGAUUGGCUACUUUUAUCGUGGAAGGCCCAGUUUGGAGAAUAUUCGUAAAGCUUUUGAGAUCAUUGGUUUUAAGGGUUCUUUUCAUCUAGGUGUUAUGGAACGAAAGCAUAUUGUUAUUAGAUUUGAUGCGGAGGAAGAUUAUUUCAGAUGUUGGAACCGUCAGAGUUGGACUAUUCAAGGUUAUGUGAUGCGUGUUACGAAGUGGACUCCGGAUUUUCGCCCGAAUGUUGAGUCUCCGGUGGUUCCGGUUUGGAUCAGCUUUGAAGGCUUGCCCUUACACCUUCAGGAUAAAAGGGCGCUAUUUGACAUUGCUGGACUACUAGGUAACCCCCUAAAGAUUGAUGCUGCUACAGCAAACUUAUCUAGGCCUUCAGUAGCCCGUGUUUGCGUUGAAAUUGAUGUUACGAAGGAUAUGCCUUCCAAGGUAUGGAUAAAUUGUGGUUCUCUUGGCUUUAUGCAACCAGUUAUAUAUGAGCAGCGCCCGGAAUACUGCUCACACUGCUUGCACCUGGGACAUUCGUUUGGUAAUUGUCCUAAAAAAAACCCAGAUGUACCUAAGGUCUCCAAUUUGCCCAGGGACAAAUGGGUGGAGAAAAAUAAAGUUUUAUCAAGUCAGCAAUCCAAACAAGUAAAAUUUACAGCGGCUGAGAAAGGUAAAGCUAUUAUCACUGACAAGACUAUUUGCAAGGCAAGUAAUAAGGAUGAAAGGAAUUUAAGCAAGGCUCUGAUAGUUGUUGAUCAGCCAGCCUCUUUAAAGCCAUCCUCCUCAAAACCAUCUACUUCAGUGCCAGUCCCCCAGGUGACAUAUGCUGAUUGGGAUGAAGUAUCUGAAACUGAAGAAAUAUUUCAUGAAGGAAGAUCUGACGUCCCAAAGCCAGUUGAUGGUGUUUCUGGUUCUCAUAAUCAGGCUAAUCCAGAGUCAGGGGGGUUAGACCUGCAUGAGAUAAGGAUGCUACUUCAUAAACCGCUCCCUGGAUUACUGCAAAACAAAAAUGUUAGCCAUAUCAAAGAUGAUUUUCAGCUUAAGGAGUUAAACAAGAUAAUGGAGUUUGACCAGGUUGUAGCAUCAAAAGAGUAUGCUUCAGAUGGUGAAUCUAAUAAGGAUUGUAAGGCCUUACAUAAUUGGGAGGUAAAUUGGAGUGAUAUUGUGGCCAAAGUUGAUGCUAUGGCUGCUAGAUUAGCUAUGCAGGAAACCUCAUCUCUCUCUGUGGAUUGUGAGGAGUCUGGGAAUGCACCCUUGCCUUAGCCAAACACUCAGGUCGGCAGGGGUGGUGUUUCUGUGCCAAACCAACCUGAGGCAUUCCUGCCUGUCCAUGAAGACGAUGUUAUGGUCCAGUUGAAUCAGCCUGAGGCUUUUGAGCUUGAAGAGGGCGAGUUUACCAAAGUUAUCAGCAGGAGAAACAGGAAGAAGGACGCUUUAGAGGGUCUUGGGGCUGUUCCUCGGAUCACAAGGAAUGCUGCAAAAAAGAAAGAUGGGUCAGUUGGGUCAGUUUCUGAUUUAAGUAUCAGUAAACAGGCUUCUCAAAUUUCAUCACUCCUACCUAAAUGAAUUGCCUAUUCUGGAAUGUACGGGGUAUUGAAUCUGCCAGGGCUAGAUUAUCUUGUUUAAUCAGGCAAUGGAAGGUUCAGAUCCUAGCUGUUAUUGAACCUAUUUCUCAUUUUUCUAAAGCUGAUUCUUUUAGGCAUGAUUUUGGUUUUUCUGAGGUUCUUUCUUCUCCUAUUAAUAAAAUCUGGGUCUUUUGGGACUCAAAUGAUGUAAAUAUCUCUGAUGUUACUUGGCAUUCACAAUUUAUUCAUAUGAAGAUUUCAA